CUUGAGCAUCAACUGAUGCCUACAGCUUUCAAUGCAGUUCUAACCACAAGCCCCAACCUCUUCAGCAUCCUGUCUUUCGGCCGGAAAGACAAUACCAUGUUCGCCUCCAGGAUAUUGCUCCCACGAGGGGUGCGGCGAGGCAGCUACUCUUCUCAAUCUCGAUUGCGGCCCAACCCUCGCAUUCAUUGUCACUCCCAAUUCCAGUAUGAAACACCACGCCGGCAGCCGUUAACAUUCAAAGAGCGCCUCGAUGCUUAUCUUUUUCUCUCUUUUACCGCUCAGUUCAUCAUCUUUUUUGCAUACGAGCCGCUGAGAGAUUACGGCCUCUUCGACACCAUGGCCCAAUCGACCGUCUUCCGUCUGCUGCCUUUGAAGAAAGUGAAACCCUGUCCAAACUCCCCAAGCGACACUCCCUACCAGCCCAUCACCCGAGCAAAAGAAAUCCGGCUGCUCGUCCUCGAGCCCGGUGAGCCGGGCGACGAAGUGAGAUGCCGCCUAGUCAAUGUUCAGCUAAGCUGGCGUACCAAAUACGAAGCCCUGUCAUAUGUAUGGGGUAGUUCUACCGUGACCCGCCCGCUGCGCUGUUCCGGCCACGCUAUACCCGUCACUGUCAGCCUCUACGACGCCCUGAACGACUUGCGGUAUCGCGACCGCGAACGGCUUCUCUGGGUGGACGCCGUCUGCAUCAACCAGGUCGACAACGACGAGAAGGCCACGCAAAUUAUGCUCAUGGGAGAGAUCUACUCGCGGGCGAGACAGGUACUCAUCUACCUUGGCAAAACGGACCCGAGCGUCGAGGACGCUCUGAAACACAUCCGCUUCCUCGACUGGAAGUUCAUGCCCCUUCACAUCCAGGGCUACUGUUCAAGGCUCGCGUCCCUAGGCGCGUUAGGCAAUGCCCUCAUCGACAUGCUUCCAAAUAUGAAGCCGAUCCCUGAAAACGACAGGUUCAACUGGGAUCCGGUCAUCGCCUUGCUACAGCGCCCGUGGUUCCAGCGUACUUGGAUUAUCCAGGAGGCCAUCCUCGCCAAACGCGCCCAGGUCAUCUGCGGCGACGAGGCCGUGUCGUGGGCAAUGUUCGAGCGGGUCGUGGUCGCCAUGAACAUGUACUUAGGCAAGGUCGGACCGAUCAGGGACUACCACCUAAUCGACUUCGCCGUCCGAGGCGUGCACAUGAUGCGCGCGGCGCGGCGGGAUCGCUAUCGCCACAUCCUGAUGCCCGAAAUGUGGCUUAUGAGCUGGCUGGUGACGGGGUCGCGGGUGCGUCGGCAGGAGUACACCAAGCUGCUGGACUUGGUUACCGAUAGUAGAGGAUUUCAGUGUACCAACCCGCGCGACAAGAUCUUUGGCAUGCUUGGCGUGACAGCCGAGGAUACCUCUCGAAGCGGAUACGUCACACCAGACUAUAAGAUUUCGACCGGGGAUGUGUUCCGGAACUUUGUGCUCUGGGAGAUUUUCAACAAUAGAAGCCUGAGAGUUCUUGGUUGUAGUUCGGAUAAAGCUGGCGGCGAGCUGGGGGAUGCGUUUCCUUCUUGGGUACCUGACUUUACGAGACUCGAUCCACAUCACGGUCUGACGCGGUGGGAAAACCGUGCGAGUUUCCACGCGAGUGGUAAGAGCUCCGCUCAGGCACGGGUGUCCGAAGACGGCACUGUGUUGUAUCUGAGGGGCAGGGCCAUUGACAGAAUCCACACGGUUGGGGAGAAGACCGUUGCCGUGCCCGACGUAGACGACCGGCGGAAAGUACAGAAGGCGAACUGGUACGAGCCAUUUGAAACCAACAAGGGAAUGAUCGAAGAGGCAAGGGACAUCUGGCUAACGGCAAUGGAUCGAUGGACUAGAGGGGGCCGUCAUAUCCUGGCGGGGGGCAACUUGGAUACCAAGAAAGGGGAAUAUGAGACAGGUAUCCCGGUUGACUGGGUUCCUGCGCGGUGGGAGUCAUUCGUACGAACUAUGGUCUGCAACCGAACAGACUUCGGCCAGGAAGCUACGGGGCCAUUCCUGUGCUUGGUAGCAGCAUACGUCCGCCUCGUUCUUGACGGUCCAAAACUGGAUCCGUCCUUCGUAAGGCGCUGGCGAGGCCCCGUCGGAGACGUGGCUGAGGCGGUCAUUCGGACUGCGCAGUCGCGUCGCUUCGCGUCCACCGAGAUGGGACUGGUGGGCUAUGUUCCAAUGAGGGCAAAGAAGGGGGACUUGAUUGUCGUCUUCUACGGCGCUAGCGUACCCUAUAUCAUAAGGAUGGCGACAAGCGGGAGAUGGUAUCUGGUGGGUGAAUGUUAUAUGCAUGGACUCAUGUCUGGCGAGGGUAUGAGAAUAGAGGAGGAAGCAGAAAGAGAAUUUGCCAUAGCGUAACGUAGAGAACUGUGAGAUUGGGCUCCCAGUUGGGG